AAUGAUUCGCCCAAGUUUAGUGACGUAACUUGCAACGCCUCUCAUAUAAAGUUAUUGCUAACAUUGUUCUAACUUCACACCAAGUUGAAUAGUUUAUAUUGUUACGCUAAGGCAAGCAGUGGGUCAUCAAUCUUCACAGAUUUAACACUGCUUUCUUCCAUCACUUACAUACUUCACUCAGCAGCUCCGCUUAACAAUCAUGGAUUCCUAUGACACAAAAACUAACGAGCCGGGGGCAGCUCCACCAGGAUACAUUGAAAGCACUGGGCAUCCACCCCAAUCUGGAUAUCAACCCCAACCUGGAUAUCAACCCCAACCUGGAUAUCCAUCCCAGCCUGGAUAUCCAUCCCAACCUGGAUAUCCAUACCAACUUGGAUAUCCCCCACCAGGUGCUUACCCUUCAACUUAUCCAGUCCAACAACAACCACAACAGCAGCAACAAGCUGUUAUUAUUAACAGCCAGCCACAGCAAUACUAUGAAGAUAAGAUGCUUGCGGCAAUUCUCGUCACCCUUUUCUGCUUUUGCCCAACAGGCAUUGCUGCUAUUAUAUACGCCGAUAAAGCAAACACACUGGCCCGAACUGGUAAUACAGCAGGCGCACAGGAAGCUAACAAUAGUGCAAGACAAUUUAUCAAAAUAUCUAUUAUUGUUGGUAUCAUUGGGAGCGUUAUUGCUGUCGCAGCAGUAAUUGCUAUCAUUGUUAUAGGUACAACAGCUACUGCCUCUACAAGUAGUUAUGUGCGUGACAGUUACAAUAGAUUUGAUAAUCAAUAUUAAAUGGAGAGUCUUCACUUUUUUUUUUGUCCAUGCCUUAAUCUAAUCAUUAAAACAAUUUUUUAAUGCAUUGAGAACUACAAUUAACAAACUACAUAUUUCAUAUUAAAUGAUAUAACUUCAAAUAUUAAACAAUGGUAUAUUCUGAACGGUGAACUCUACAGCCCCAGCCUGACGGCAAGAACCAGUAAUGGAGUAGAACCAACAAAGAAGUAUAGAGAUAUUCCUGCACAACUUGUACUGUUCCUUCCGUCCAAUUUAAGCACCCAAGAAAGCAUUAGGUGAUGCUGUGGCAUUUUGCUUUUACUUGAAUAUUUUACUUUAAUGUUUUUUUUUAUCUCAAAAAUAUUCAAAGUUUAAAUCCAUUGUAUUAACAUAAAUGUUAAACAAAGCGUAUUUUAAACAUUUUCCUAGUUUUUUCAAAAUGUUGCCUUAAAGUCAGUUAUUUAUAUGAGCGUUAAAUAUCCAACUGAUGCACACAAAAAAAUAAACUAUUAUAUACAGAUUUUACAUAAAUGGCUAAAAGUGAAAACUACAUUUAAAUAUUGACUGCAAAUGUAGAAGAAUAUUACUUUUAGCUUUCGUUCAUAAAUAUUUUGGUUAACACUGGUUUUAAUAUUUCUUCUUAUCAUGUCAAAGAAUGGGAAGCGGAGUGCACAACAAACAUGCAAAUGAUUUUACACUAUUUUAAUGAUUUGAUUUUAUAAUGUCUGUAUUAAACUUUGGCAUAUGUAAUUCGUCUUUAAAAAUAUUUUCCUCUCAUAAAUAUUCUAAUUUUACCAAAUAUAUUUGAUUACAAAAUAAUAAUUAUUUGUAAACACAUAAAUAAAUCAACUUGAACAUUAUAUGUAGCCAAUAUUCAAUGAAAUAAAGCAUAAUUUUCUUUACCAAAAA